UCUGUUAUGUUUGUGCAUCAUGUUUUGACAGUGAUUUUGUAGAUAUAAAGGCAUUUUUAGAUAUCGUAAGUAUAAUUUUUGCACAAAAAUGUCGAGUCAGCGCAUUCUUCCCCAGAGCCAAGAGGCUCUUCUAAAAUCCUACACGACAAGACUGAAAGACGACGUGAAAUCGAUGCUCGAAAACUUUGAAGAAAUAGUAAAACUGGCCAAAGGCGAGAACGACUCGCAGCUGUCCCGGAUGACCCAGUGCGAGCAGGAUACCUACGAGAUGCAGGUACGCGCGGCGAACAUGGUCAGAGCUGGUGAAUCGCUGAUGAAGCUCGUGUCCGACAUCAAACAAUUCCUGAUCCUAAACGACUUUCCAUCCGUUAACGAAGCCAUAACGCAAAAUAGCAAACUCUUUAGGGCAAAACAGGCAGAAUGUGAUCAAAAGUUGGCUUCGCUGCGAGACGACAUGGCCACGGAUCUCUUUGACCUCGAGGAGGAGUACUACAACUCGAUAUUCAAGUGACUAAUGAACUCCAAUGUGCGUGUAUGUGUUUUACUCACUCAUUUACUUGUUUUGUGAUACAAGGGCUUGAAUUUUUCCAAGUGGAAAGACAAUGAUGUUAGGGUAUUAGUGCUGAUUUGUGAUUUUCAUCAUCAUCUCUGUAACAUUAAGAUUCAAUCCAAACUUAC